CAAGACGCGUUGGAGAGACUCACCAAGCGGACGGGAAAAGUGCCAGUUUGUGAUCUGUUUGUAAGUAACUUUCAGCGACAGUGGGCAUAUUUUUGUUCACCAGCAGGUGGACAUUGAGUGUUCGCUAGCGUGCGUAAACUGACUGGAGAGGAAAUAAAACAGUCUUGGAGUGAACAGCAGCUACCAAAGAACGAGAGGAAAGGCGGAGUUGAAAAGAGCCGGAGGAGAGACAAGUGCCCGUUGGAUAGAAAUGCUCACUGUGUUGUUUUUUUGAAUACUUUUUGACGUUGUUUUGUGGAAAUGUCGCUGGUGUGCGCAGCGUAAUACCCCCGGACAGCUUUCAUGCCUCGUGCCAUCAGCAGGGACAGUUACUUAUCUGCAAGGAAACUGUGAGCAGAACUGAGAUUUCAUAAAGAAGAAGGCACUGGGCUUAAACUGAGGACCAGUCACUGAACAGUUACGAACCAUGGUGAAGUUUCAUAACUCGGACCUAUGGAUAGCCUGGAUGAUCAUUUUCUGCAUGGAGGGUUCAAGGUUUGAUCUACACACAGGGAAAGUGUGUGUGCGGGCGCUGGAUGUGACGGUGGCCCAGAGCAGUAUCCAGGUGGCCCGCGGCCAAGCAGCAGUCCUGCCCUGCUCGUUCACCACCAGCGCUGCCCUCAACAACCUCAACAUCAUCUGGAUGGUUAUACCACUGUCCAAUGCCAACCAGCCAGAACAGGUGAUCAUUUACCAGGGCGGCCAGGUGUUCAGCCUCGCCAACCACCUCAUUGGGCGUGUGGGCUUCUCGGCCACCAUGCCAAGUACAAGUGCCUCGAUCUUCAUCAACAACACCCAGCUGUCGGACACUGGGACCUACCAGUGCCUGGUCAACAACCUCCCAGACAGAGGGGGGCGCAACAUCGGCGUCAUUGGGCUCACUGUUUUGGUGCCACCCUCGGUGCCAGCAUGUCGUAUCCAGGGCACUCUGGAUGUAGGCAAUGACAUCAUGCUGAUGUGCAGCUCCGAGGAAGGUAUUCCCACGCCGUCCUACUCCUGGGAGAAGCUGGACGCGCUGCCCAAGCUGCCGCACAACGCCAUGCAAGACCAGAUGCAGGGCUCUGUAACACUGAGAAACAUCAGCACCAGCACCUCAGGACUCUACCAGUGUACAUCCAGCAAUGCUAUUGGCAAGAGCACGUGUCUGCUCAACCUGCAGGUCAUCGCGCCCCAGCCUCAGAGUGUUGGCCUGAUAGCGGGCACCAUCGCUACAGGAGUGCUAGCUCUCAUCAUCUGUGGCCUGUUAGUGGCGGUCACGCUUUUCUACUGGAAGAAUAAGAACAAAUAUGACGAGGAGGAGAUCCCAAAUGAGAUCAGAGAAGAUGACCUUCCUCCCAAGAGGUCAUCAUCAGCGAAGGCUUUCCAUGCAGACGCCUCCUCCUCAGAGAACGACACGCUGACGUCCACCAACACCUACAACAGCCGCUACUGGCACAACCCCAAACCCAACUACGACACCAACUCCUACACACGCUACAACGGAGACACUCGCCAGACCUUCUCCACCGCGGCUCACGGUGCACAUGCACACGGUCAGGCCCAGAACGCAGGACACAGCCACAGUACAGUGGUCACAGCACCAGGCUCAGCUCCACUGUCCCGCCAUGCACAACCCAACACGGCAACAUCGUUUGCCAAUGGCAGCCAUACGCUCCCCCCACCAAAAACUCUGGUGGUCACCACAAACUCUGCCCCAUCCCCUACCGCCAUGGUGCGCAGCAACGGCUCUGUGAGUCUAAAACCGGUGGUGAUGUCCGCACACGGGCAGCACACACACUCCUACGCAGUGAGCCAGGCCACCCUGGAGCGGAUGGGGGCGGUGCCUGUCAUGGUGCCCGCCCAGAACAGAGCAGGCUCGCUGGUGUAACAUCUUAGCUUAACUGCUUUGAAAACAAGACUAAAUGAGCAUUUGGUUUGUGAGAUUUUACAUCCACUGAUGAACAACAUACAGAAUAUGGGCUAAAGCAGCCCGCUGCCCUUUACAAUGUUGUCUUUUCUGUAUGUCUGGACAUCUGUUUCUCAAACCAAGCUGGGAUUUUACAAUCCAGAGUUCAGUUAAUGCCAAUUCUUUGUUGAACGGGACGCUUUCUUUUGUAGUAAAGCACUACAUGGGAUCUGAUCACCCCGUCAUUUAAUGGAUUUUAUCGGCAGGUGUGGCGGGAACUCUUUUUCAACCACUUGGAUUAUUUCACAAAGCUGGAGUGGAAUUUCCUGCAGAACUUGGAUUCCCAGAUCCUUUUCAGGGUUGGAUCAUUGGGAUGAUUAUGUUUUCGUUUAGACUCAAAGCAACACAAGGCAUUUUCAUCUCAGUGUGUCCAUACUGCAUGGUCAGACAGAAGCGAGCUCGGAUUCCCACUUAAUGCAUGUGUCUCUUGUUUCGGGAUAAACAAUGAAGUCUAUAUUAUUUCUAAUCAUUUCUUUUGACAAUUUCGAUUGAGAGAAAUAGUUGUGAUGAUGGGGAUUGCUGUAUGCAUUGAACGUGAAUGUUUUCAAAUCUGUCGGGAAAAACCGAAAGGAUAAAAGUAUAACAAUUAAAUAAUGUCGGGGAGAAUGGCCUUAGAAGCUUAGGGAGAUGGGUUUUAUUGGGUGCAAUACAUACACAAUUCAUUGAAUGCAAACAUUUUAAUUACAUUUACGCACUUUUCAGAACAACUUUAUAUCAAAACUUCUGUCUUAUGAACAAUAACUCAGUCUUACUAAUGCUAUGCUUUAAACCAUACAACAUAUAUCAAAACUUACAUGCACAUACAACAUGCUGGUGAUGUUUGAAGAUGGCACACACACUGGAUGUGUACAACGGAAAGCUACUGUCCCCCUGAUCUAACAUCAAACCUGCAGAUGGAUAAUUGUCAUAGUCUGUGUUCAUUCUCACUGUUGUCCUAAACUGGUUCAUGUCACAUCAGUGCUGCUUGGAGAAGAUUACAGGAUGUCUUACUUCAUAAAUGCUUUAUAAAGAGACAGAUAUAUAUAUUUA